AUGUGCGCACGCGCUGGUGACGCGCCCGAAGCCAGACUGCGCGCAGGCGCCACGAGGCGGAGGGGCGGGACUUGCCCUCCUGAGCAGGCUGGGCUGGCGAGACAAAAGGGAGGGACCCGGGCAGCCCCGCCCCCGAACCCCGCCCCAAGCGGCCCGCCAGGAGUGUCAGGCUUGCUAUCCGGGGUGGUCUCAGGCGCCGGCGCCAUGUACCCCGCGAGCCCUCCGACCGGACCGGCCCUACACCCCGUCCCUCAUCGCGCUCGUCUUCCCCCGCCCCGGCGCCUUGCUGAGCAGCGGCGAUCGCCAGCGCCUGGCCCGGGUUCCACCGAGCGCCCACCGCCCCCGGCGCCUACGCCGCGGCCCCGCGUGGCCGUGAAGAUGACUUUCCGCAAGGCCUACUCCAUCAAAGACAAGCUGCAAGCCAUCGAGCGCGUCAAGGGCGGUGAGCGGCAGGCCAGCGUGUGCCGAGACUUCGGCGUGCCAGGCGGCACGCUGCGCGGCUGGCUCAAGGACGAGCCCAAGCUGCGCUGGUUUCUGGACCAGCUUGGUGGCGAAGUGGGCACGCAGCGCAAGAAGAUGCGUCUGGCCAACGAGGAGGAGAUCGACCGCGCCGUCUACUCGUGGUUCCUCACGCUGCGCCAGCACGGCGUGCCGCUGUCGGGGCCGGUCAUCCAAGCGCAGGCUGAGGCCUUUGCUCGCCAGAUCUACGGCCCCGAGUGUACCUUCAAGGCUAGCCACGGCUGGUUCUGGCGCUGGCAGAAGCGCCACGGCAUCUCUAGCCAGCGCAUUUAUGGUGAGACUGAACCCCCGGUCGCAGGCCCCGCACCUGUCAAAGAGGAGCCGGCGCAGCCGCCGAGCGCCGGUCUGCUACCUGACCGCGAGCCGGCCACUUUAUCCCACUCCGAGGGAUGUUAUGGCGACGAGCAGAUCUACAACGCUAACGUUACUGGUCUCUAUUGGAGGUUACUUCCCGAGCAGGCUGCAACUCCAGGCGCAGGGGACUCCGGCGGGCCUGGUGGGUACAGCCAGCGCUGGCGCAGCGACCGAGUGACAGUACUGCUGGCCGCCAACCUGACGGGCAGCCACAAAUUGAAGCCUCUCGUCAUCGGGCAGCUGCCGGACCCACCUAGCCUGCGGCACCACAACCAGGACAAAUUCCCCGCCUCCUACCGAUACAGCCCCGAUGCCUGGCUCAGCCGUCCUCUUCUUCGGGGCUGGUUCUUUGAGGAAUUCGUCCCUGGUGUCAAGCGCUACCUGCGCCGAAGCUGCCUCCAACAGAAGGCCGUGCUGCUGGUGGCCCAUCCACCCUGUCCAAGCUGGGCCACUAGGAUGCCUGCUCUGGAGGAGAGCGAGGAGACUGGCACGCGGUGCCAACCUGAGCUCCUUGGAUCCCCAGAGGAGCUGCAGACACCUGAUGGCGCAGUUCGAGUGCUCUUCUUGUCCAAGGGCAGCAGCCGAGCACACAUCCCUACACCUCUGGGGCAUGGUGUGGUGGCAGCCUUCAAGCAUUUGUACAAACGGGAGCUGCUGAGACUUGCUGUGUCUUGUGCCAGUGGCUCCCCUCUGGACUUCAUGAGAAGCUUCAUGCUCAAGGACAUGCUAUACCUGGCUGGCCUCUCUUGGGACCUGGUCCAGGCGGGCAGCAUAGAGCGCUGCUGGCUGCUGGGUCUGCGGGCGGCCUUUGAGCCUGGGCAGCAGCCAGCCCACCAGGUAGAAGAGGCUGCUGAACGCAGCAGGGUGCUCAGUGACCUCACACAUCUGGCAGCUCUGGCUUACAAGCGCCUGGCGCCUGAAGAGGUGGCAGAGUGGCUGCACCUGGAUGACGAUGGAGGCCUCCCUGAGGGCUGCAGAGAGGAGGUGGCCCCUGCAGCUCCUCCAUCCCCAGCCAGCCUGCCCUCUAGCAUGGGGGCUGGAGAGGAGGAGGAGGAGGAGGAAGAGGCCACUGAGCAAGGAGGAAUGUUGGUACCUACUGCUGGGGAAGCCAUUUGGGGACUAGAGACGGCGCUGAGGUGGCUGGAGAGUCAGGAUCCUAGAGAAGUGGGGCCGCUGAGGCUGGUGCAGUUACGUUCCCUCAUUACCAUGGCACGGAGGCUUGGAGGCAUUGGCCCCUCGGCAGCAGCUUCUGGUGAUGGUGUGUGACUGCCUUUCUCCUGCUGCACUGGGAGAGAGGGGUUAUAUACAGUCCUCCAUCUUCCACCUUUUCUCCCUGGUAUAGUCCGCUGUAGAGGUCCAGGGGUGCAAGCCCAGCCCAGCUUGGAGGAGUUCUGUUAGUAAAGAAUACCCUGGCCCCCGAUCUACAGGUCCUGGGAAAACAAUAGCUAAAAGAAGCAAAUGCUCUUCCCUGGGUAGGCACAUGUGGGCACUCAAGCACAGCACCUAGGGGAGAACAGUUGACUGUACCUCCAUUCUGGCCCCUAUGGGGCUCACCCUCUCCCCUCCCCCAUGGGCACUGGAUGAGGCUGCUGCGAGCCAGUUUCGUCUGCCUCCCUGGUGCUACCUGGUCUCACCUCAGUGGGGAAGCACUCGGUUUUGUUUUAAAAACAAAUACACAUUAAACCUGUUUUUAAAAGAUGCUCUCCACAGGGAACCCUGAGUGCUGGCAGAGUGAGGUGGUCUCUGGGCUCUCUCGCCCUUGCUCUUAGAGCUCUGUAGUUAUCAGAGUUAUGCUGGGCCAGAGCCCAGGCGAGGCUCCAGUCCCUGGUCUGGGAUGGUGUACUCACAAGCAAGUGGGAAAGGGGAAACGGAAGCCCCCAGUGCUUGGUGACAUUUGGGAUGCAGCAGAGCGUAUAGUAAAUUCUAUUCUACUUGGAUUUUUAGUUCUCCCUUUAAAAACUCCCUUCUGGAAAGAUCCUCUAUUCAUGAUGUUGGCAAGUGUUUGGAUUUGGACCCAGGCGGCUUGAACCAAUGGCAGGACAAACCACAAACCACUUUGUUUAGCUCCAGGGCUAUCUGAUCUUCCUGGAAACAGGUCAUAGGCUCUGUAACUAUCUGGGAACUCAGCAGUGCCUUAGAGUCAGCCCUUACCCCAUGGACUCUUCCUGCACCGGCCCUCCCCCUAGACUCAUCCACCUGGUAUUGUAUGCCUGAGAAGCUAUUGCAGGAAGGCCCAGUUUGAAGGAUAAAAGGCUCAAAGGAAUGUCCAGUGUUUGUAUCACCCUGCUGCUGUAUCCAAGUGGAUUCUGAUAACUGCUACUGAUCUAGAGCAGAGGCACCCGUGUCUUAAGGAGGGGUGCUGUGUCUAGGCAGAAAUACUGUCCUGAGUCCUUGUCCUGGUAUUCUCCCCUCGUCUUCACUUCUCAUAGUCUGAGCCUUGAAAACAUGAAAGGGGGAGGGGGAAGGGAAGUAACAGCUUGGCAAUGGGUGGAGCCUUGGAUGAAGUAUCCAAAAGUGACUUCCAUGUAGGUCCAAGAAUACAGCUCCUUAGAACCACACUACAUCCCAGUCAAAAAACAUGCAUAAAUAGUAAAAAGCUGAGGGAAAGCAUGGUCCAAGAGAACUGAGGCUCAGGUAGCAGAGUCCAUCCGUACACACUGGGACCCAUCCGGCCACCUAUAUACUUGGCCUCCCCAAGCCUGAAGACCUAGGGGACCUUGGGCAAUCAUGACUGGCAGGCGGUCUCUAGCACUAGCAGCUACAGUGGGAUUUUUCAGAAGUCUGUUCAUACCGUCAGCCAGGCACCAUCCAGCUUUGAUAGACCUGCCUCUCAGGUCUCUAGAGAGGCUGAAUGCAUCUGGGCUUUGGAUGCACCUUCAGCCUGGGGCGCCUCUGAUAUCUGCUCUUCAGCCUAGGCUACCCCUACUGUUCUUUGGAGAGGUAUCUAUCGGUUUCUGUCUUCAUCCUUUCUGUUGUGUUGCUUCCUUUGGCCUGGGUCCAGACAAUCUGGAGUUGGCAGAGAACAGGGUUUAGGAGUAAGACCUCCUGCCAGCCUCUCUUACUGUCCAAGCCCCUUUCGUCUGGGCACACAAGACCCAGGAGGUUGCUGUGGCCCCACAUUGCUGCUGCCCUGUAAACAAGCAAGUGUGGGCCAACUGAGUCACAGUGCGGCUGUCAGGUUUGUGUCCGUGUGCUAUCAUUAGCUGGACUAGGGAGAUGCCUAUGAGUAGGCACAAAGGUGUCAUUUCCGGCUAAGGAUCUUGUGCAGUGGCUGGGUGCUUGCCGGGGAUGCCUGAGGCCCAGGGUUCAAACGUCAGCACUACAAGAAAAAAGGAAAAGAAAAAAAGCAAUUUUUGCAGAGUGAAUAGGCUGGUGAGUUCUUUACCUGCUCUAAGCAGAGGUUUUGGUGGCGGAGUCCCGGUUGUGGAGGAGGCUGCUUUGCCCAGGGGCCUGACAUUUACCCCAGCAGCAGGACCUAUAACUCCGGGGCUUAGCGUGCUGCAUGCAUCCGCUGCUGCACAGAGGCCCCAGCCCCAGGCACAGCUUGGCCUGAGAUGUGCAGUCACCUCACCUUUCUGUACUCAGUGUCUGAUGGGGCUCCCUAGGGGUUCAUGGGCCCCUUAGGAAAGCCUUAUACUCUCACUGCGUACCCAUCUGAGUUGCACUGCUGAGCCCUGUGGGCACCGAGUUGCACGAACUACUAAAGAGGAUGAAGCUGCGGAUCCUUUCCUCAGCAGCCAUUGCCACCUGUUAGGUACCAGGCAUCAUGCGGGAAUCCCACUUGCCCCAGACAGAGGUCUGCCUCUUUCCCACAAAGUGUGGCAAUCCUUUGGCUUAGGAAGUAUAGGCAGCCUUUUCUGCUAGGUGGUCCUGCCUUGGAUUCAUAAACAGAUUGUCUGGAGAGAGCACCCAGCACCGAAAGAUAGGUGAGCGUGGGUUCUGCUGGAGCCACUACCACUGCUUUGUUGGGGGAGUGAGAGCUUGCAGUGGUCAUAGGCAGUCUUGUCCCCAAGGUCCAUGUACUUGAGAAGUGACAGCAACUAAACAAAAUCAUACGAGAGGAGGGGAGCUCUCUCAAGCUAGGAGGGGACUGAGCCCUUUAUAAAACUUAGUAGGACUGCCUGUGGGAAGCUCAGCUGGGACCUGGCACAGUUUAGCCUCUUCUGCAUGUUCCCACAAGAGCAUCUUGACCCCAUCUGCCGUCCUCAAAAGGAUCCUGGGCUUACAGCUUUCAUGUGCUAUUGUAAGGCCCUUUCUCUGGCACUCAACCUUGCUCGCAGCUGAGGUUAUCGGCCAAACGAUCUAAUGGCACUUGUGUAAUAAAGGCGAAGCAGGUCGACUUCA